AUGAUCUCCCAAAGCAGGUACAAAAUAUCUCUUCCGGAAGCCAUCUGCGUCAGCUCUCACCAGCUGUCAGGGCGUAUAAACCACAUCCGUACAUCCCAACACAGGGAACUCUGGAUUGACAUUGACCUGGAGGCGACUCUCGGGGCUCCGCCGGUCAACUCCCCCUCCUUCCACCCACGUCGCCUGACAUUGGCUGAUGGCCGUUCGGUCGACCGCUAUAUUAAAGCUGCUGAAGCGGGUUAUCGUCACUUUCGCCUUCCUCAACGAUUGUCACAUUUAGCGGAGGAUAUUUCGGUCCAGGAUGGCUACCUGACGGCAAAUCAACGAGAUAGAUUCAACACAAUCCAUUGCCAGGCCUACGAGAUUCGCCGAAGAGUGGAGCGGAACUGCCGGAAACUGUCAAUGGGUAAAGCUCACUGGUCUCCACAAAUGCAGCAGAAAUGGGAUAGGCUGCACCUCUACCAGCUUUUGAUCUUGGGACAUCGAAAGGUCAGGACCAGUUCACGAAAGGUCCGGCGCUUGCUGAAGAAGACAGGGUUGAGUGACGCAUGGAAAUUAUCGGAAGCUGACCUACAGGGAAAGUGGUACCUUGAACAUCGGGACUACAAAGAGGCCAAGCGGAAACGUGCCUGUCAGUGGCGCCGGGAGUACCUUGAGCUCCAAUCAGCAGCGGUCCAGAAAGCAAAGAAGGGCAACAUCAAGGCCCGCAGCCGACGGACUCGAGUCCAACAGAUGGCACAGAAGGAGGAGACUCGACGGCGACGGAAAGCUCAAGGCAAAGGUUUUUCUGGUGGCCUACAGCAGAUUAAAGUGGCCCAGGUGGCACAAGAUGGUUCCUCCCAUUGGGUAACAUGCCAGUCUAAAUGCCUGGUGGAGGAGGGCUGCAUGCACAAGAACGGUCUACGGUAUGACCAGACGCGCUACCCCUACCCUACCCCACCAAUGACUGAACCUUUGUACUCCGACUUCAACGGCCCCAACGCAGAACAGAACAGCAAAGCAUUGCUCCAAGGCCUAUAUGAAGUUGAGACAUCGGACCCUUACUUGGUGUCAUUCAUUGACCAUUGUCGACUGCCGGAGGGCUUGAAAGACCAACCACUGGAGGUGGACCUUGAGGAUCAUGUUAGCUUCUGGCGUAAGAUGGGGGAGCAUAAAGGGUCGGAACCACAUGGUCUGCAUAAUGGACAUUACAAAGCGGGCGUAGAAUCAAACCUGCUUGCUUGCUGUGACACAAUCUUUCGCUCCAUCCCUUUUGCGACAGGAUUUGUCCCAGCCCAAUGGUGCCAUUUGCUCAAUUUUGCGAUUGAAAAGAAACCAGGCAAAAUUCAGGUGGACCUGAUGCGCUGGAUCCAAAUGAUGAACUCUGAACUCCAAGCAAACAACAAAAGGGUGGGGAAAUCGGCCAUGGCCUAUGCGGAGAAGCACAAAUUGAUCCCUACAGGUCAGCACGGUUCUCGCAAGCGUCACCAGGCCAUCGAUCUGGCUCUUACUAAGCGGCUCACUUGGGACCUUCUACAUCUCCAACGCCAUCCUGCGGGGUGGAUAUCCAAUGAUGCCCCCAAGUCCUGCUUUGACCGGAUUGUCCACUGGGUGGCUAUCAUUAGCCUGAUGCGCUUUGGGAUUCAAUGGCGUACCCUUCGCUCCAUGUUUGACACCCUGAUGAAGUCUAAACACCGGGUCCGUACAGGGUUUGGUGAUUUGGACCGUGCCUUUACUCCUCCAACUCUGACCCCAUUCCAAGGCUGUGGACAAGGCAAUGGGGCAGGACCUCCUAUCUGGGUGGCAAUUAGCUCCAUUCUCUUGGGGAUGAUGAUUAGUAAAGGCUUUGGCUUUGAUUUCCUGAUGUCAAUAUCUUGGGCUCCGCUCUUGGCUGAUUGCUUCUGUUUUGUUGACGACACUGAUGUAUGCCAAGCUGCACCAUCUCCUGACCAGUCCGGUGAAUCUAUUGUCCCAGCGGUGGCCAAAGCACUGCAUUGGUGGUCCAACGGCGUCCACCUGACAGGUGGCGCCAUCCGACCAGAUAAAUCCUUUUGGUACCUGAUUGACUUCAAGUGGAACCCCCCAACUUGGAGUAUGGCAAUUCCGGAAGAAGCGAGAUUUCAAACCAUCUCUUCUUCCAACAGGCAGAAAGCGCAACUCGCGGUUAUGCAAGGGAAAGCAAAGGCAUGGGCGGACCAGUUCCAACCUAGUUUCCUUCACCGCUAUGAUGUCCUUCCUCUCCUUUGCACCACAAUCCAGAAGACUUUGGAGUACCCAAUGGCGCUCACCUUCUUCUCCCAACAGGAGUGGGACCAGAUACUGUCUCCAGUGCUCCGGGCGGCACUGCCCAAGGCUGGUAUCUGCCGCAACUUUCCUUGUGCUAUGGUCUACGCCCCCAUUGCACUCCAGGGAGUGGGUGUUCCCCAUCCGUACGGCCUCCAAGUCAUCAAGCACUUAGACAUGCUACUUUGCCAUCUGGCUAACCAGACCAAAACGGGCGCCUUCUUGGAGGCAGUCCUUCAGGCACAUCAGCUCGAGACCGGUACCUCCUAUGGCCUCUUCCAACAAGUCUAUUCCAACACCUCCAUCCUGGCCUCUGAUACGUGGGCCAAGCGGACCUGGAGUGAACUUGAUUCUCUCUCCAUACAUCUGGAGUUUGAUUCUCCCUCCCUCCAACCAAUGCGCCAAGGGGAUCAACUGUUAGUGGACUUGUUCAUUGACUCUUUGGUGGAUCAGCUUACAUUGAAAUGGCUCAACUGGUGUCGGAUCUUCCUUCACGCUGUCACUCUCUCCGAUAUCGUGAAUGCUGAAGGGACAGCAAUCACUCUGGACGCAUGGAAAGGGAUACAAGCAGAUUACCUUGCUGACCGGUACCAAUGGCCCCGUACUGCUCGUCCGUCUAAUCAGUGGUGGACUAUGUGGCAGCAAUGGAUUUCUACUCACCUGACAGGCCACUCCAACCGACGCUGCCUCAGCAAUCUGUUAGGCCCGUGGCACUCAGCUGACUUGUCCUGGAAGUGGCAAUACUCCCCCUCUACCAAUACCUUGUUCCACUGGGAGGGUCUGAUAUGGAUCCCAUCUGAACCUACUUCCUCCACCAGCCGUCAGCGCACCUUCUACUUGCCUCGCCGCUUCAACCUGGAUCUCCCACCUCUCCCAGUGGAUGCUGUCCGCGCCCUGCCGAAUCACCUGCCCCCCCCAUCUUCCAUCCUUGAUCUUUGGCACCACUUUGGCAAUCUAGCUGAGUCAGGGUCUCACGGCUGGGUUCCAGAGGCCAUUGCCAUUGAAGGGAGUGAGGAUCGCCUAGUUCAGGCCCUCCUUGCCGGUACCCUUCGUGUUGUGAGCGACGGCUCUUACAAAGCUAAAGUGGGCACAGCAUGCGCUCAAAUUCUCACUGAGGAUCGCAGGGAUAUCAUCUGGAUCACCUGCCAAACCCCUGGAAAAUUUGAGGAUCAGAGUUCAACGCAAAGCGAAUUGAUUGGCCUUAUGGCUUCUCUCCUGGUGCUGGAAUGGAUGGCUCUCCUUGCUCAACUGAAGCCCUUUGCCAGCCAGCCUUCGGCCAAGAUGGCCUGUGAUGGCCUCAUCGCCUUGGAUAAGUCCUUCUCCGAAGCUCAUCUGUCCUCGUCUGGCGCGCAGUUUGACUUGGCCUCCACCAUCCGGGCCUGGCUUUGCCACCUUCCUCUCCAAGUUCAUCGGCGCCAUGUCAAGGGUCACCUAGAUAAACACCGUCCUUUCUCCCAACUGGACUGGUGGGAGCAGCGCAAUGUUGAAGUCGACUCCAGAGCACAAGCCUACCGCCGCCUGCUGGAGUCUACAGGCCAAUCUGCCGCCUCCAACCCCCGCUUCUUCCAUGAACCUGCGUCUUUAUUCAUUGAUGGUGUCAAGUCGUCCCGACUGGAUCAGGCUCACAUCAUGAAGCUGGUCUCUCUUCCUGCCCUUCGUGCAUAUUGGUCCUCCAAGGACCGCCUCUCUGAGCAGUCCAUCCGUGAGGUCAAUUGGUUAUCUCUUGCACGCGCCAUGAAGGCGCUCCCAGCCAAUCUCCAACGCUGGACACCCAAGCAUAUCUCCGGAAUGACAGGGGUGGGAAAAUUUUUGCCAUUUGGAACCGUUCGGUGA